AUGUUUCCAUUACCCCCGCCUAAAGGUGCUCCGGCGCCGGAGACGCCCAAGAAAGAAGCAAUAAAAAGCUACAAACUUGACUUGUCGUCCUCCUCCGACGACAGAUCCAUAAUCCCAAAAUAUUUUGCUUUGCAAAACUAUAGUCCAAGACAUCCCCAGCCAAUAACUGCACCAUUUCUACAGAAUAUACGUGAAAGUAGAUCCCUUGAGUUCAAUGGCACACACGGCCUCCUCAGUCCAUUUUCAAAAUUCGAAUCCGAGAUCUCCGAUUCCGACCCCAAACUCAUCCACAUUAGAUGUACGAACAACAACAGAUAUUGGGUUCGCAAAUCAUCCGACUCCAACCACAUUGUACCCACUGCCACAAAGAAAGAAGACGACCGAUCGAAAUGGUCGUGCACUUUGUUUGAGCCAAUCUGCGAUGCCAAAUAUAAAGCUUAUCGCUUUCGGCACGUGCAGCUCGGUUACGAGUUGUUUCGAGAUAAAACAAACCGGUUAUCGGCAAUAGAGAAUGGUAGACCAGAUUCUGAACGGGAGGAUGCAUAUGGUGUAUUCACCAAAGUUAUUGAUUGGAAUUCGUUAUGUGUGUUCCCAAAACAUGUGACCUUUAAAGGCUUCAAUGGCAGGUACUUGAGAUUUGAGGGUAAGUAUUUGCAAGUAUCUGGAGAGAAAAAUCAUCCAUCUUUUAUCCAUGAGAUCUUCCCUCAGAAAGAUUGA